AUCUUUGUUUAUUGUUUUGGAGCAGACGACGAAGAUUGAAGGUAGCACAUGCUAAAUUUAAAAUGACUUUUCAGCCGAUGAAACAAUCAGAAACUGUAAGCAGCUACCGAAAAACAGGAACUAAUACUAUUAACAUUCGCGGUACUAGAAUAUCUGUGAAAAAUUCGCUGCUGCUUACUUCAACGGGGUCGUCAACAUUGGAUUUUUUCAUAGGUGGAGGACUUGCAAUAGGAACAAUAUGCUUGAUAGAAGAAGAUCAAUACAAUACAUAUUCCAGUUUAUUGUUGAAGUACUUCUUAGCUGAAGGCAUUGUUAAUCAGCAUUCAAUUUUACUGGCUGGUGGUGAUGAACGACCCCAAAAAUUAUUACAAGAACUACCAGCUGUUAAAUCAUUUGAAUGUAGAUCUGAGCCAAAACGAGAAGAAAGUGCCAUGAGAGAAAAUCUUAAAAUAGCAUGGAGAUAUCAGAAAAGUCCUGUUGAUACUAUUGCUGCAGCUGAAUCUUAUAAUGCUGGAUAUGAUUUGUCGAAGACAAUGUCAGAUGAGAUGAUCUCAAAGUGUAAUUUAAAUCUGUGGGAUCCAUCAGAAAAUACCACAGAUAAACAGCCAGCUUCAGGAUUUGAUUUUAUUGAAUUUCCUUAUUCUAGUUUAUUUAAAAAGGCAAAAGAAACAGUUACUUCUGGAGGAUUUAAAACUACAUCCAAAACUUGUGAAAGUAUUUUAAGGAUAGGAAUUUCUUCAAUUGGUUCUCCUUUUUGGAAUAGCAGUGACAAAAAUAAAAAUGGUCUUAAUCUUAUACGCUUUUUAUACAUGCUUAAAUCUCUGCUGCGGUCAUCAUAUGCAGUUGCUUUUGUUACUGUUCCUUCAUACUUAUUAGAAGCUUCUGUUUUAAAGAGUCAGUUAUGGCAAACUUGUGAUUAUGUCAUUGGCUUAGAAUCUUUUGUGGGAUCAGAUGUAAAAUCAAACUCCUUCUUCAAGGAUUAUGAUGGUUUACUGAAUAUUAUAAAGCUACCUGUUCUAAAUGGUUUUAUGCCUCUAACUCGAACUCCUGAUUUGGCAUUCAAAUUGAAAAAGAAAGGUUUUUCAAUAGAACGACUGCAUCUACCACCUGAUGUUGAAGAUGCACCUCAUGGCACACAAGGUUCAUUUGGUUGCAGUGGACAGCCAGUUAAUCUUGACUUCUGAAUAUCAGCUUUAUUUUUCUAUGAUAUCUUUUUAUACAGUAAUUAUUACUGAACUUUUUUGUUAUUUCAUACUGUAUUAUAUAAAGUUUCUUAUUGUUCUUGCAAAAUAAAUUCUAUAUUUUGCAUUUUA